AUGACACUUUCAGUGAAAGUGGUAAACACAGAAAACAGUCUGAUCUCUUUACGUACAACCCUAAAUUCAGUCCAACAAGACAUAAACUCUCUUUCCAGUAGUAUGUCCACUGCAACCGGAAGUAUAUCCAGUGUUAAAAACUCAGUUCAAGCACUCACCAACUCAGACUCAACUCAAAAUGUACAGCUUGCCACAAUUCAAUCACAAUACCAAUCUUAUUCUACUUCAUUAACGCUUCUAUCGACAAUUGUGAAAGCUACAUUUCAGGUCCGCUUGAUGCAUCCUUUUAUCACUAAAUGUGGAAGGGUAGAAGUUUUUUAUGUUGGGGUUUGGGGAACAAUCUGUGAUGACAUGUGGGAUGAUAACGACGCCAGAGUGGUCUGCAGAAUGCUUGGCAAGUCACAAAUAAUUUAUGAAGAGGAUCGUGAACAAACCAAGAUUUAUGAAGCACAACAAAUUCGCUCAAUGGAAGCUCGACUAUCUUUAGUUGAGAGCAAAAUGAAAGAGGAUUUUGUGAACUUUCAGGAUUCUUUAAAUUCGUUACAUGAACACUACAACGAACAACUGAAAAAUGUUGAAAUCAGAUUGAAUGAAUCAAAUAACAAUGCUGAUUUCCUGAAACAAAAUAUAUCAAUAAUUGAAGAUAAUUUAGGAGAGUCAAUUGCAGAAGGGCAAAAGAACUUUCAGGUCCGCUUAGUUGGUGGUUCGUUGACUGCUGGUAGAGUAAAGGUGACUUAUAAAGGGACGUGGGGAACAGUCUGUGAUGAUUAUUGGGAUAAUAACGAUGCCAGAGUAGUCUGUAAAAUGCUGGGUUACAGUGGCGGAACUGCUUACUCAUCAGCACAUUUCGGUCAAGGAACUGGACAAAUAUGGCUUGAUGACGUCCAAUGUAAUGGAUGUGAAUCUACAUUGAGGGACUGUAUGAAAAAUCCGGUCGGAGAGCACAACUGUAAUCACAACGAGGACGCUGGUGUAUCUUGCUGA